AUGAAGCAGAAGAAACUCACAGACUACCGGGUCCUCACGUUCGAUGUGUACGGCACGCUGAUAGACUGGGAGUCGGGCAUCAUUGAGGCGCUGGCGCCAGCGCUGGGGAGGGACGUCGAAGGUCUGACCCGCCGCAAGAUCCUCGAGACGGUGCACGAGCUCGAGGCCGCGCAGCAGGCCGCGCACCCGGACAUGCUGUACGCGGACGUGCUGGCGGCGAUAUACCCGCGUCUCGUGGCGCGGCUGACCGGCGGCGGCACGCCGCCCGAGGAGGAAAGCGACAACAACGACAACAACAACAGCGAAGAAGCGGCAGCGGCAGCACGGGCAUUCGGCGCCUCCGUGGCCCGCUGGCCCGCGUUCCCGGACACGGUGGGCGCGCUGCGCCGGCUGGGCAGGCACUACAAGCUGGUGGUGUUGUCGAACGUCGACCGGACUUCGUUCUCGGGGACCAACGCCGGGCCGCUGGGCGGGGUCGAGUUCGACAUGAUCCUCACGGCGCAGGACAUUGGGAGCUACAAGCCCUCCCUGGACAACUUCCGGUACAUGCUGGGCAAGGUCGAGGAGGCGGCGUUCGGGGCCGGAGGAGGGGACGUGCUGCAGACGGCGCAGAGCCAGUGGCACGACCACCUGCCCGCGAGGCAGGUCGGCGGCAUUGGCUCCGCGUGGAUCGUGAGGCCCGGGGCGAUCAUGGGGAAUGUGGCCGAAGGGGAAGAGGUUUGGGAUUUCAAGUUUGAUACGCUGAGCGACAUGGCGGAUGCCGUGGAGCGGGAGUUGGCAGAGUCAAAGAGUCUGUAG